UUGUACUAUUAACACACUGGAUAUAUUUUAUACUUGGAGGGAAAAUGUCUCCUGGAAUUUCAUAGAAUAAAAAAUAAGGGGGUCCAUAUAAUGACUAGAAUUACUGCCAUUCACGAAAAUUACAAAGAAAUGACAGAAAAGUAUUACACAGGCCAAAACGACAUCAGUAUAUUGUUUGGUCUUCAUACCACAGGCAAUUAUAUCACUUGGGUUCAAUUUUACUAAGUACUCUUUAGUAGUAAAUUCGAACCCGAGCGAUAUAAUUACCUGUGCUUCUUACAGGUGCAUCUAUGAAGAUUGAUUACAAUUUGAAGGAAUUUUGGUCAGACAACUAUCUUGUUCUGAUCGUAUAAAUAACUGAGAGUGAUUUUGACUGUCUUGAUAUUUUUAUACAAAAGUUUCUUGAUCCAUUGUAAAAAGUGAUGCAUAAGGACGGAACAAAUAUUUUUUUUAUAGUCAUAGCACUUUAUUGUAUAAAUCAAGGAUAUACAUGUAUAUAUAAAACCACAGGCAAUUGCAUCGCUUGGGGUCGAAUUUACUAUUAUAUAAAGAGUAUAGUAAAUUCAACCCCAAGCGAUGCAAUUGCCUGUGUAUAAAACAUAUGAUCUAAAUCUAUAAUGUUUGAUGUACCAUGUACAGUUGCGAAAAAAAAUAAAAAAUAAUAAAAUAAAUAUAAAAAUACAUAUAAAAACACAUUUAAUGCAAUAAAUUUCAUCAUUUAUUAAUUAUUGGAGAACAGUAAAAGACCCAUAGAAUGAUGUUGACCGCAUGUAACAUACAUAUGUUGAAGUGUAUCUUAAUGCAAUAUAUUAUAAAAACGCACAUAGAUAUAACGUUCUUUUCAAUAUUUUCUACAGGCACUCGACGUUUUAAAUAUCUAUAACAGAAAAAUUGUCUUCCUGUAAACAUAAUAUUCACAAGGUAUAUAUUGCCGAUAAAUGGACUUUAUUUCCAGUUCACCAUGACGAUGCGAGAGGUAAGACCUUGACAGAGUUGCUUCUAAACGGUAGGGGUCUAGUUAUCAUAUUAUGUCGAACUUUUCACCGAAAUUUUCAAGCGAUGUAGCUGGUAAAAAAAGAAACCAAGAUGGCGGCGUGAUAUACCUUGUGAAUAUUAUGUUUACAGGAACUUAGACAAUUUUUUUUUAUUAUAGAUAUUUAAAACGCCGAGUGCCUGUGAUAUUUUCAUAUUGGACAGAAAUUGUGCUUGGAAUUCGUGGCAUGCUGUCAUAGUUUUACUGCUGUAGACGCCUCUAAUUGGCUCAAGAUUUAAAAUUUGCUGAUUAAUUAUGGAAUUUUAUAUAUUUUUUUUUUGGUGAUUUUUAAUGAUUUUACUGUAUAUUUGAUUUUAAGCUUGUUCUUCAUUUUGAUGUUACCAGGUGUAUCAACAUGACCUGAACAGCAAAAUAUUGUAUUAAAGUUCAGAACCAAUCACCAAUUCAUUAUAUGUCUUGGGAAAGUUUUUGACUUGGACAUGCAUCAGUGCUGAAGAUUGGACACAUGGAGACUUGUGGCGAUUCUAAAGAAACGAAGAUGCUGGGAGACCAUUCUUUGGUACAGGGUAUGGAUACUGCUAGCUCUGUACAGAAUGUGAAUGCCGGUAACCCCGCACAAAAUAUGAAUGCCACUAGUUCCACUCAGAGGGCCAGUUCUAAGAUACAGAUGUUAGAAAACAGUGAACACCUAACUGGACCUGAAGCACAGAUUGUGGUAGUGUCUUCUGCUGAUCAUAACUCCUCCUUAGACAUUCCCUUCAGUCAACUCAGAACCAUGGACGGGCAACAGAUUGACUUUAAUCAGCUCUCUAUAAUCAAUAGUCAGCCAUUACAGUUGAACUCCGUGGUGCAGGGGACUUAUGACAGUCUAGGCGAAAUUACCAUCAUGGGAACUUUAAUGGCUUCUCAGAAUGAAAGUGAGAACCAGCUUAAUCUGGUUCAGACAGUCUCCUUGGGUUCGAAUGUCUCGGAACCAGAGGGCGAGGAUGGCCGGGUUAUUAAUGCAGAACAGAGCUACACGUUCACCCCAAUUCAAAAUGUAUUCAAUGUGAUGGGGAUCCCGCAGGGAGCGGAGCAGGGAGAAAUGUUUCCCACAGAUGUGAGUUGUGACCCAAGUUUAUCGCCAGAAGCCGUGGCAGCAACAGAUGAACACGGAAAAGUGAAGAUUGACGAGAAGGACACAACUGCGAAUGAAAGCAGAAAUGUGAUUAGAAAUGUGCAGCUUUCCUGGCCCGAGUCAUCCAGUACGCGAAGUAGUAAUAUUCAGCUUGUGAUUCCGGAAGAAAUAGCUGCAUUGGACUCGGAGUUGGAGAGUGAAGAUCCACAUCAUCAGCUGGGCGUGGCGGAUAAACUAGACAAUCAAAAAUAUGUAAGCUUGUUGCCUUCAAAUAUCAAGGGUGUAAAAAAGUAUAAAACAACGGCCAUUCCUGUGACUGAGGCGGAAGCAAACAUGGACAUGGAUGAGUGGACUGCCGACACUGUGGACAAAGACAAAGGGAGUAAACAUCAGGUCUACUCUAUAGUUUUGGAUCAGCUUUCCAAUCAUCAGUCAGCACUGGUAGAAAUGAUCGAGGUUUGUCAGAAUGUCAGUUUGUCUAAUUCUGUGCACUUUGAAAAGUUAGCCAAAAUUUUGAUGGAAAAACUUGAAGGCAUGCUAGAAUUCUUCCAUGUCAUCAAACCUUUGGUGGGAAAUUGUUUGGGAAGCUUGAUGAAGGUCGAUAAAUCAACUCAAACUGAAGUGGAAGUGGAAAAAACACCAGUGUGCAAUUUGAACCAACCUCUGUAUUCAAGUGUGUCAGGACGAAAAAUACGCCAGACGGAGCGAUUUCAGGGAUUCCUGGACGUAGAGAAUGGGGUCAUUUCAGGAUCAGAAGAGAAGACUCCCUAUUGCAGAAAGAAGAGAAAGGUGACCAGUUUUGGAGAGAGCGUUGAGGUACCCCCCAACACUGUCAAUACUCCAAGUGAGCCCUCACCAUCAAUAGGCAGGGAGGUGCAGGAUGGAGAGGAGGACAGUUUAGAAUUAAUGGCUUCAGAAGAGAAGGAAGGAGAUGCGUAUCUUGUGAAUUGUAAGCCUCCGUCUGGUCUUGAUUUGUCCACGGAGUGGGUCAAACAAUCAUCAGAAACAGAUGAAACUUCAAAGCCUGAUGAUGGUGCGAGGAAAAAGCGAGUCUUUAAAACCAAAAAGCAGUAUGAGGCAGAAGCUCAAUUCAAAUUUUUCUGUCAAAAUUGCUCUUUCAAGUCAAAGCGGGAAAGUCAUUUCCGCAAACACUUAGAAUUACAUGAUAAAAUUAGUGACAUUUUUGUUUGCAAGCUCUGCGGUUUUAAAACAAUUCGGCAAAGCACGUUACGGAAACAUGAAAUCAGUCAUAGCGUGAAUGUUGUAAAAUGUAAACUCUGCUCGUAUGUGACGGACUCGGAUACACUACUUAGACGACACAUGAAUUUAAAGCACAAUAACAGAAAGAGGCACUACAAACGAGAUAAAAACCAGACGUACUCGUACAGAUGUGCUCAUUGUGGUCAGACUUUGCCCACGCUGUCGAAGUACAGACUCCAUUUAAAGAUGCAUAAUUCGGAUGCGGACACAGAAGAGUUUGCUUUUCAUUGUGAUCAAUGUGAUUACAAAACGAAACGUAAGGAGCACAUUAACCGACACCGAAUGAACCACACGAAUGACCGACCCCAUCUCUGUGACACGUGUGGGAUGACCUUCAAGAGAAGUGACACACUUAACCAACACAAACAGGUUCAUUUGGAAAAAAUGCAGCGAAAACUGGACUUUGUCUGUCAGGUCUGCAAUAAGGCAUUUAGAUCUAAGUGUCAUUUAGGGGAACACAUGGCCAUGCACUCUAACAGUCGACAGUACCUCUGUGAUGUUUGUGGAGCUUCAUUCAAAACCAAAUCAUGUCAACUGAAGCAUGUGAAGAACAUUCACCAAAAUCCCAGGUCAUUUCCGUGCAGUAUGUGUGAAAAGCGUUUCAACACCAACUAUGCCUUGAAGAGACACGAGAGAACGCACGAGAAUGAUUUAAAAAUGAUGCCAACAUCAACAAACGUAUUGGUGACCCAGAACUUCUUGACAGACGUUUCAGCACAAGGCAUAAAUCAGGCAGAACUGGUACAAGCUACAGACAUCAUCAUAACACCGUCUAUUGAAGAGACGUAUGAGCAGAGUAAUGAUGUAAAACUUCAACAAGUUCUCGGGGAAAAUGCCUCGGCCAUUAUGUUUCUCUCCAGCUCACUCCCCAAUUCAUGGAAUUAAAAUGUUUCUUUUUUUCAAGCUUUUGUAAGACCUACUGAGUUGUUUAUACUGUUAAAAUGUAUCUCUAGAUCUUUUUGUAUGCAGUAAAACACACUUGUAGCAUAGUGUUUGGGAUGUAAAUGUAAUUUGUUGUAUCCAGUAAGUUCACAAUAUUUAAAACUACAGGGAAUGAAAAUCACUUCACUGUAAGAGUAAAUUCAUUAUAAACAUAUUCGCUGCAACUUUUUUUUUUUUUACUGUAUAUUGAUGUUUUCAAAUUUCAAUAUUUUCGGCUUGCUGUAGUCUCUAAUAGUAUGUUUAUUUGUUUUAAGAAUGUCUUACACUAAUUUCUGUGAUAGCUUGAUUGUUUUAAAACAUAAUAAUUAUACAUG